AUGGGCUUCAAGAACGUCAGUACUAUCAUCGAGGGACGGCUCUACCUAGGCAAUCUUGUUGCUGCUGCUUCUACUCGCGCUCAGACCGAACGUCGCAUCACACAUAUUCUCUCAGUCUGUCUCGAGUCCAUACCUGCUCAGGCCCCGCAGUCUGGCAUCGUACACAUGCGCAUCCCAGUGGAGGAUAAAAAUCACUCUGACUUACUCGUGUGGCUGCCUCACGCUUGCCGCUUUAUCGACGAUGCUCUGCGUUCCGGCGGCGUCAUUCUUGUUCAUGGAGUGCAUGGACUAUCGCGUGGCGCAACUGUCAUGGCCGCGUAUCUUAUGUGGUCGCGCCGCGUUACUCCCACCGAGGCGCUGGACAUUAUUCGGCGGCAACGCGAACAGAUAUGGCCGAACGCGGGAUUCCAAGAGCAAUUGGCUUUGUUUGAGAUGUGCCAGUACAUGCCGAGGAGCGUGGGCUGCGCUAAGCACUUGAUGACACCCUCUCCAUCAAAAAACACCUUUGUAUUGUUGAAGGGAUUACGACGUCGUCGUCACAUUUGA